GAAGCAUUUCAUGAUUACCACAAACGUUCAAUGGUGAAUUAAAUGAAAACAAAACAGUAGUUGAAUAUAAAAGAAAUACAUAGCAAUUUAUUAAAGUGAUUAAAAUGGGCAGUGUCAGGUGCAGUCUCACUACUGUGGGAAAAUAUACAUUCAUAGCAAGAAAUACCAAACUACAGCAUGGUAUAUUAUCGACGGUGUACACGAAACACCAGCCGGACCACAGAGGCAUCUGCACGAGCGUCAUCCUGCUGAAGACGGCGACCGGCGAGCCGCCUUCGGGCACUCACCCGCCCCCCACCAAGGAGCCCUCGGGCGGCAACGGCAAAAACAAGAACACGCUGUCGUGCCCGAAGUGCGGUGACCCGUGCACGCACGUCGAGACUUUCGUCAGCUCGACGCGGUUCGUCAAGUGCGAGAAGUGCCACCACUUUUUCGUCGUGCUCAGCGAGGUGGAUAGUAAAAAGAAGGAGGGGGUCGACGCGAAGACGGGGCAGUACAGGAAGCCGCCGCCGCCUCCCAAGAAGAUAUACGACUAUUUGAAUAAGCACGUGGUCGGGCAGGAGUACGCCAAAAAGGUGUUAUCAGUAGCAGUAUACAAUCAUUACAAAAGGAUAUACAAUAAUAGUCCCAAUCAACCUUUCAACCUGAGGCAAGAUAUGGCUGUGAUGGAACAAGGUCCACAAAAUGUUACUCAUAGAGAUUCACCUCACAUCACUGGUUUGGGUAACGCAACUUUGGGAAUGAAUUUCGGAGCAUUUGAAUCUUCGUUGGGUCCCAGAACCACACAACCAACCGGUUCUGAUAUACUGGAGAGGACUUCACAUGAACUAAAAUUGGAAAAAAGCAAUAUUUUGUUAUUGGGUCCGACCGGUUCAGGUAAAACCCUUCUAGCGCAGACUAUAGCUCAAUGUCUCGAUGUGCCCUUCGCGAUUUGCGAUUGCACGACCCUAACGCAAGCGGGCUAUGUGGGCGAAGACAUCGAGAGUGUCGUUGGAAAAUUGCUUCAAGACGCCGGCUACAACGUGGAGAAGGCGCAAGUCGGAAUAGUGUUCCUAGACGAAGUUGAUAAAAUCGGUGCUGUUCCCGGUAUCCAUCAGCUGAGAGAUGUUGGAGGUGAAGGGGUCCAACAAGGCAUGCUGAAAAUGCUAGAAGGCACAGUGGUGAACGUUCCUGAGCGAAAUUCUCCUCGAAAACUCCGAGGUGAAACCAUUCAAGUGGACACAACAAAUAUCCUUUUCGUCGCCAGCGGUGCCUAUAACGGCUUGGAGAGGCUCAUACAACGGAGAAAUAAUGAAAAUUAUCUAGGUUUUGGAGCUCCUGUUUCAAGUAGUAAGGGUAGGAGAGCAGUGGCACAAGAAGCAACUAUGCAUCAGUCAUCUCAGAGCGCUGCAGAAGAGAACGCAGAAAAAGAUUCUGCCCUAAGGCAAGUUCAAGCCAGAGAUCUUAUCGACUUUGGAAUGAUUCCUGAAUUUGUUGGAAGGUUUCCAGUCCUAGUACCUUUCCAUUCGUUGAACCAGAACAUGUUGGUGAGGAUAUUGACUGAGCCUAAAAAUGCCCUCAUUUCGCAGUAUCAGAGGUUACUGUCCAUGGAUCAGUGUAAUCUGAUUUUCACCCCCGAUGCUCUGAAGGCAAUUGCACAUUCGGCCAUGGAGAGGAAAACGGGAGCUCGAGGGCUGAGAGCGAUAAUGGAAUCUCUACUCCUCGAGCCGAUGUUCGAAGUGCCGGGUUCGAAUAUCGCCGAGGUCCAUGUGACUGAAGAAUACGUCAGAGGUAAGGGUGCUCCUGUUUACGUGAAGAGUGCAGAAGUCACCUCGACUUCGGAAACGACCGAAGAAGAUGAAAUCAACACGUCCAUCAGGGUGAAACAAUGAACUUCUUUUUACCGACAUUGUCGAAUUGGGAUAGAAAAUGUGAUUUUUUGAAUGCUUGAAAGCCGCGGGUAGCGGGCUCUAAAAAAUUAGAUUAUAACGUAAGAACAAAUAUUAUAUCAUGUCGAUUCGUAACUGAGAGUAUAGUUAUAAAUAAUGAAACAAAGCGAUUCAUUCAUUUUUUAAGGUGUUUUUUGAGUUUUCACUCACUUAUGAAAUAUUCCUAAAUUAUAUAAAUGAG